UCCCUCGCUAGAUGACCCUCUAUUAUCGAACUCCACCCGUUCGCUUGCUCUCGAUCCAUCUGGAUUACUCCUUUUUUCGAUCUCUCAUCUCCCGAAAGAAUCUAUGGAUUUCGCGAGUCCUCUUUCAGAACUCGUCAAAAGCUUAUGGGGCUUGGCCAGCAAACCUUUGGGCUACAUUUGUAAUCUGAAAGAUAAUGUGGAGGCGUUGAAGAAAGAAACUAGAGACUUGGAGGCCAUGAGCGAGGAUGUGAAGGAAAGGGUGGAACGUGAAGAAGAAGAAGCACGUGUGCGGCGCACGAAUCAAGUGAAGAACUGGUUAGGCGAAGUGCAAGAAUUUAAAGGUGGAGUAGAUCAAGUUCUUCAAGAAGCCAGGGAACGAGACCGAAUCAAAUGUCUCAUUCAUUGUCUUCCACGGAACUGCUGGUCAAGCUAUAAAUUGGGAAAAAGAGUCGAUCAGUUGCUUAAUGAAGCGGGAAAGCUCCAACAUAAGAAAGGAGAAUUCAGCGAUUUCACGUCACCGUUGCCUCGUCCUCCUGUACCUGCGAUGCCUAUGGACGAGACUGUGGGGCUUGAUAUUUCCCUUAAAAAGUGUGGAAAUGGCUCACGGAGGAAAAACAAAAAGGAAUGAUUGGGUUAUACGGAAUAGGCGGUAUAGGAAAGACCACCCUCAUGAAAAGGAUCAACAAUGAACUUCGGCGUGCGAAUCAUGGAUUCGACGUCGUUAUUUGGGUAGUGGUUUCCAAGCAAGUGAAUGAAGAUAACUUUCGAGACACCAUAAGAAAAGGGCUGAACAUUAAAGAUGAGUCAUGGGAAGGAUGGUCUCAGAAUGACAGGGUCUCUAAUAUGUCGGAAAAGUUGACCAAGAAAAAGUUUGCGUUGUUGAUUGAUGAUGUUUGGGAAAGGCUGGACCUUUCCGAAAUUGGAGUUCCUCGUGCUAGUCUCAAGAAUGGAUCUAAAGUAGUAUUCACAACUCGGUUGAAGCAAGUAUGCAACCAAAUGGAAGCCGAUGAAACAUGCGAAGUACAGAGCUUGAUGCCCGAAGAAGCUCUGACAUUAUUCAAGAAGAACGUCAGCAAAUCGCUUGAAAAUUGUCCUCAAGAAAUUCAAGACCUCGCCAAGGACAUUGCCGUAGAGUGCAAAGGGUUGCCACUAGCCCUCAUUACUGUCGGGCGAGCCAUGGCCGGUAAAGACGAUCCCCGUGACUGGAGGCAUGCACUAACAACAUUGAGGGACAAACCACACGAGCUAGCAGGUAUGGUGGAGAAAGUAUUUCACAUAUUGAAAUUUAGCUAUGAUAGUUUAGAUGAUGCUACUCGACAGGCUUGCUUCCUUUACUGCUGUUGCUUCCCUGAGGAUUACCCCAUAAUAGCGGAUGAGCUUAUUGAACUGUGGAUUGGAGAGGGCUUGUUAGGAAACACUAAUAAUAUAUACCGUAUGCGGGACAAGGAGCAUCUAUCUUGGGGGAUUUAAAGAGGGCUUGUCUAUUGGAAAGUGGGCUUUAUUCUAGACAACCAACUGUAAAGAUGCAUGACAUCAUCCACGACAUGGCAACUUGGAUCGCUCAUGACCACGGGCAAAAGGAGAACAAGUUGUUAGUGAUAGAGAACGAAGAAGACAUGUCCAUGGAGAUGAUGUCUAAAUGGGGGAAAGCGGAAAAAGUAUCUCUAUGGGGAGGAUUGAUUGGAAAUAUCAACCAAGCACCACCUAUGUGUUCCCAACUCGAAACUUUGUUUGUAAGGGAAACUAAUGUAGGUUCAUGUCAAGAGGAUUUUUUGAGUCAAUGAUGGCCUGUUUGAAGGUGCUGGACCUAUCCGGCAAUAGAAAUAUAGAAUUAUUCCCUGAAGAGAUUUGUGAUCUGAUUAAUUUACGGUACUUGAACAUAUCGAACACUUGUAUCAGUGAGUUGCCCAAGGAAAUCAAGAACUUGACUCGCUUACAGUGGUUGCUACUAAAUGGUAUAAGCAAUAAUGUCUUGAUUCCGACGGGGGUAAUCGCAAGCUUACCAUUGAAUGUGUUCAGCACGUGGGAAUCGGGUCUAGAGAAGGAAGAAGAGGUGGUAGAGGAACUUGGGGGCAUGCAAGAGCUGAUCGACUUAUCUAUCGUAGUGCACAAAUCUUCCUCUGCACUAAAAAUAUUCCAAUCCUUACAGAGAUGCAUAAGAAGAGUGAAGAUCAUGGAUUGUAAGAACUUGACGUGCAUCCCAAUAAGUCACUCAUUAAAAGGGAGGGUCAAUUUCUUGCAUUUAGAGGUGCUUCAUCUACAAGGAUGUCGUAUGCUCGUGAAGAUGGAGAUUACUCAAGGGACGGGACAGGUGCCCAACUACUCUUGCUUCCCUAGUCUCGUUGAAGUUUUAGUUGAAGGGUGCGGAUUUUCAGACUUGUCUUGGCUCGUGCACGCGCCGAAACUCCAGAUAUUGAUGGUUUGGCGUUGCUAUUCGAUAAAGAAAAUAAUUGGGGAUGAAAUUGCAGGAGAGGAAUUAGCUGCUUCGGGACUAUUCUCACAUCUCGAAUUCCUAAAUAUCGGCUUUCUUCCAAAACUAAGGAGUAUUUGUGACCACACACUAUUUUUCGCUCAAGGGUUAAACAUCAAGAUAUACGAUUGCCCUAGUCUCAAAAAGUUGCCGUGGGACUCGAGCAACGCAAGGGGAAGCUUCUCGAUUUACGGGGACAUACAGUGGUGGGCCGAGUUUGAGUGGGACCCCACGGCGAGGGUCACUUUCCAGUGGCGGGAUGAGGGAUCCGUAGAAGAAGAAAUGACAUUUGGAGAGGCGGUGCGUAAAAUGAAUGAUAGGCCUAAUUGGUAUUCCACGAUUGGAUUCCGACCCAGUGGGCCGAGUGAGUGAAGUGAGGUCUUUUCUUCUCGAUCAAUGGGGACGAACAUUGGAGGGCUGAGUUUGAGUGGGACCCAGCCGCCUGACUCACUUCCCAGAGGCCGCAUGAUGAGUGUCCCGGAGAAGAAAUGGCAUUUGGAGAGGCACUCAGGUGAAAUGAAAGAUCGCCACUUUUACGAGGCCAAGACUGGACUCCUACCCUCGCGAGCCGAGUAAGUGAGGCUGAUAAUAAGUGUAAAAUAUUAUUUAAAAGAAGAAGUUUCGUUUGUCUUUCUCUAGCAAAGUAUCUCUAUCUAUCUUUUCAUAGCUUCUAAUUUGUACUUCGUUUGUGUGCGUUUAUAUAUAAAUAAAUGUUUAGAGUUAUCGACUUCCGCCAAAUUCUUCCCUCCUUCGCUCCCCCGCCCCCAUGCACGUCUGCUCCUUGAAAACUUAAAGUAAAGCUUUCUAGCAACGUGAAAAUUACUUUAGCUAGAUAAAUAACUUUUGUCUACUUUUGGGCUGAGCGUUCCCUGCUGCGACGUUUUUCGCGCGGGUUUCAGCCUCUUUCAACCGUUGAUGCAUACUGAAUUUAACAUUUACCUAUGGUUGAAGAUUGAAAUAGAUUGAGACACCGAUUUGAUUGUGCAGGGUGGAAUAUCUACCCAUCCUUUUCGUAUUAAUUUUGCGAGGAAUGGUCUUUACGUUUAUCUCAUCGCUAUGAUGGCCAAAUAGAUAAAAACUCUCAAACAACUUGGGGAUAAGAUUGCAUCCUUUUCUUAACUUUAACAUGAGUCUUCAUCAUUUCUCCAUCCAUUUGUUUCGAUUUAAGGGAAUGAAUUCAAACAAUUUCCACUCGAAAGCCCAAACCUUACCAAGAUAAUGUGAUAAAUUGAGCCGAGACUUUGAUUUGCUUAUUUUACGGACAAGAAGAUUACGUCGCCCUUCUUAUUUUCUUCAAGUAAACUAGUUUUCAAGCAUGCACUACAGGUGUACAACUAGUUUUCUCUUGCAAGCUUUGGCGUCUCCUCCAAUGCCAUUGAGCUCUCGAUGCGGUUGCCCGCUAGACGUGCGGCAGCCACCACCACUAACCUAUGCGUCAGCCACCGCGCCCUGACAUGGUUGAUGCCUUGCGGCACCUCUAGCUGCCAUUCCCCUAGGGGCCCCGGACCUGGGCUGGGGUCCCCCAAGGCAGGCGACCUCGAUGUUUAUGUCACGGCCCGAUUUGACCACAUUAGCUUGCUCUGGUUGAGCAGGUUCUGGUCAUCUGCUGUUGAGUUUAGAGUAGCUGCUUUCGUGUAUGGCUGCAGGUUCAGUAGCGUCAACAAUUUCCGUGAUAAGCUCAGUUGUUCUUGGUGGAACAACUUUGAAGGUCGAAGCCUUGACUCAGUUUUUGCGGAUGGGUGGUCCAGGCGGAGGCUGAUCCUAAUGGACAUGGUGGCAGGCUUUGAAGGAAGAAGUAAUUGUUGACCUUGUUGAUUGCUGUCGUUCUUAUCAAGAGCGUGUUGUGCUUCUGGUGAAUUACACAGCAUAAGAACUUCAACAAAAAAUAAUCAUCCAACCUUUUGCAGUCAGAUGUCAUACCCCUAAUUGUGCACACUCUACUGACCUUCAGAGAUGAGGAACUUCCGUGUCUGGGAUUGGCCUUGAAUGAUAGUUUGCAGCGUGCUCUGUCAACAUGUUAACAUU